GACUCUCAAGAGCUAGUGGAACAAAUUGAAACAUCAUCUGAGAACAAUAUAUCUAAAGAGACUAAAGUUACUGAACUUACACAGGUCCUAACUGACAAGGAAGGUAAAUUGAAG